CGGUUCUCGAACAUUCAAGCGCGCGGAGCAUCUGGUCCGCCAUCGCUGAUUCGCCAAUGGCACAAACUACCGAAAACGGCAGGCACGUCAUCCAUGCGUACCUGUAGCUCGGCUACCGUCGUCAUCAGCUCACCUUGGACUUGGUCUGGGCUACAAUUUUUAUUUAUUUCCUCUCCCUUUUCUUGAACCGUACUCCCACCUCCCACACUCACUCCAACACACCUCAUCACACCACCACAACAAGACCACCUCCAUCACCAUGAUUUCCUCUAGAGUCGCUGCUCGCACCGCCCGCCAGACGGCGGUGCGGUCGACGCGCCUGCCCUACCGCCAACCCGUUCGCUUCCAGUCGACCGCCUCUUCCUCCUCCUCAGGCGGCUCCUCCUCCAGCGGACACCUCGCAGCUGGUCUGGCCGGUGGUGUCAUUGGCGCUGGCGUUUUCUACUCCCUCUACACCUUCACCCCCGCCGGACGCACUGCGUCCACCAUCAACAAGACCGCCAUGGAGGCGAACAAGAAGUACAAGGAGGCUGCCCAGAAGCUGCAGGAGAAGACCCCCAACGCCGACCAGGCCGUCGACUCGAUCAAGCAGUUUGCCUACUCCUACGUUGCCUGGAUCCCCGGAGGCCGCGCCUACGUGGAUACCGCCUUUGACGACUGGGAGAAGGUCCGCCAGAACCACAAGGAAGAGGCGGACAAGCUUGUCAGCGAUGCGUACAAGCAGUUCCAGGACGUGGCCAAGUCGGGCCUGAGCCUCGAGACGGCGUCCAAGGCCUACGAGGUCCUGGCCGACCUCGCCAAGAAGGUCGCCGACCUCUCAGGUGAUGCCUUUGCCGACAUCCUCGACAACCACCCCCAGGUCAAGGAGAAGCUCGGCAGCAAUGUCGACCAGCUCAAGCGCAUGGGUGAGGAGUACGGCCCCGAGGCCAAGAAGCAGGUGGACGAGACCUGGAAGCAGCUCAAGGACAUUGUCGCUGGUGGCGUUAGUGUCAGCAGCCUCAACAAGGCACGCCAGCUGAUCGACGACAAGGUCAAGCAGGUCAAGAAGCUGGGCGACGAAGCCUGGAACAAGGCCUACGAGCAGGCCAAGCCUGUUCUGGACAAGAACCCCAAGGUCAAGGAGAUUAUCGAGAACAACGCCGAUGCGCUGAAGCAGGGCAACGCCAAGGAGCUCUUUGAGAAGGCCAAGUCAUCCAUUGACUCGGGCAACGUCGACGACCUCAAAAAGUACGUCGACAGCGCCGUCAGCAAAGCCAAGGACAAGGCCUCGUCCGGCUCGGGCGGUGGCAUCUGGGGCGAGGUGGAGAAGUACGUCCAGAUGAUCCCGCAGGCCGACGAGAUCUUCCCCAAGCUCAAGCAGCUCAGCGAGGUGGCCGAGAACCACAAGGAGGAGGGCGAGAAGCUGCUGCGCGAGACGGCCGAGGACCUCAAGAAGCUUCUCGAGGAGAAGUCGAAGAAGGGGGAGGAGAUUGUCGAGAAGGCCAAGAAGGACGCUAAAUGAGCGCUCCCUGAAGAUUAGACUACUGUACUCUACAAAUAAGCAUCGGCCGGCGUUGGUGGAAUGCAAACUGUUAUUUUGUCAAAAUUAGAG